CAAAGCCAUAAAUCUUUUAUUCAUUGGACGACCAAUCGACCAGAGAUUCUACAGAAGUCGAUUUUCCAUCAUUAUAUUAUUAUUUUUUGAUCCUCCCAUUUCCAUUUUCCAAUUUCCAUCACACAAGAACUCGAUCUUACAGAUACCGAUCAGCGGAUCAGGCUGUUCUGUCUGUUUUUCCUUGAGAGGUGGCGAUGGAGAUGGCCUUCCGAGCAGCAGCCACGGCAAGGCCUCCUCCUUCUUCCUCUUCUUCCGUUCUCCCAUUCGCACCCAGAGCUUCUCUCUCUAAACCAACUCCCAGAACUCAAGUUAGACCCGCUUCGGUAUCCUUACCAACAACAUCAGCGGCCAUCUCUCUCCUAGCACUCUUUACAGCUCCCAAUGACGCCAAGGCCUUCAGCUUCUCUAAAGAACAGAUCGUUUCCACUCUCACUCAAGUGGAGAACACAGUUGACCAGGUACAGGAGGUGAGUUCUGGAGUUCUGGAGUUCUCGCAGCGCGUUCUUCAGGUUGUGAUUGAUACUCUGAAGCCGGGAGUCGAUGUGGCGUUACCAAUCUUGCAGAAGGCUGGAGACCAGGCACUGAAGAUUGCUGCGCCAGCAAUUUCUGAGGCUUCUAAGAAAGCCCAGGAUGCAAUUCAAAGUUCCGGCAUUGACACGGAACCAGUUUUAGGAGCUGCCAAGACUGUGGCAGAUGCAGCCCAACAAACCACAAAGGUAAUUGAAGAGGCCAAACCCAUUGCUUCAUCAACCAUGGAAGCCAUCUCAACAGCAGAUCCCGUGAUAAUUGUAGGAACUGCCGGAGUAUUAUUCCUUACGUACCUCCUCCUUCCUCCCAUCUGGUCCUCCAUUUCUUUUGGCCUUCGUGGUUACAAAGGUGGGCUUACUCCAGCUCAGACUCUUGAUAUGAUAUCUACACAGAAUUACCUCAUGAUAGAUAUUAGGUCGGAGAAUGACAAGAGCAAGGCUGGUAUUCCUCGCCUUCCCUCGAGUGCUAAAAACAAGUUGAUCUCAAUUCCCUUGGAAGAGCUUCCAAGCAAAUUAAGAGGGCUUGUCAGAAACUCAAAGAAAGUAGAAGCUGAAAUAGCUGCUCUCAAGAUUUCGUACCUCAAGAGAAUUAACAAAGGUUCCAACAUCAUUAUCCUGGACUCGUACUCUGAUACAGCCAAAAUAGUUGCAAGGGCACUAACAAGUCUUGGCUUUAAGAACUGCUGGAUUGUGACUGAUGGGUUCUCUGGGAGCCGAGGAUGGUUACAAAGCCGGUUAGGAACAGAAUCAUACAAUGUAUCUUUUGCACAGGUUCUGUCACCUUCUCGUGUCAUCCCUGCAGCAGUUAAACGCUUUGGUACUACCAGCUCGACAGUGCUCCAAUCAAAUCAAAAGUUUCUUCCUGGGAGCUCAAGCAAUUGAUUUUUUUAAUUUUUUAUUAAAUCAAUAAUCUAAGUAUGCAUUCUUCACCAAAAUUAUGAUCUUUACAGUAAUUUCUUGUAAUUCUUUGAGGAUUAUGAAUCAAUUUGUCUAAGUUGUGUUGUUCUACUAAUAUUUGUGGCAUGGAUUUGCUUCCCUA